AUGACUGCCACUGAAUAUGCACGUUAUGCUAACGAUGAUAGAUUGAAGUGGGAAUGUGGCCGAAAUGACUGCAUGAGACCGGAGGCCCAACCUCAAAACCUUCUUUUAAACCAGCUAACCAUUCUCACGUCCAAAAUUACUGAGCUUGCUGGGAAAGUAGACUCACUAUCUGCUCUGCCUUCUAAAUUGGAUAAUAUCACGGCCAAACUGGAUGAACUAAACAGCAACUUUGCGUCACUGGAGAACAGGAUUGGUAACAAUGAAAUUAAGAUCAAAACCAUUGAGGAUCGUUUAGAGAAUAUCAGCGUAACCCCAGCUACUAACCCCGAACUUAUAAUUGCUGAAUCCAAUGAGCGAGCCUACAGAGCCAGAAACAUCAUGAUUUACGAAUUGCCUGAGUGUGAUAGCCGGGAUGUCAGUGUCAGAAAAAAACAUGAUGUAGAUCUGGCUGUUGAGCUCUUCAGUGGAGUGCGACCUGAUGUGGUACUUGAUGUGCGGGCUGCUGUUCGAGUUGGUAAAAAAACACCUAACAAGCCGAGACCCUUGAAAAUUGUACUUGACAAUGAAACUAAUGCUAGAGGCUUCUCAUUAGGAGUUUCACCUCUGAGACUGCAACUCAACUUGGCCAUAUGUUUUCUUCUGUUAAAUGUUGCUGCCUCCUGUUAUGAUAUACUGGCGUUUGUUGAGACUAACCUAACACCGGACAUCAAGGACACUGAACUAGGCCUAGAUGGUUUCAACAUUUUCAGGUGUGACCGCAACGAACUUUCUAGCUGUAAAUCUAGUGGAGGAGUUUCUCUUAUUGCUGUCCGUAACACAAUCCAAAGUCGCAAUUGGUCUCCAACUACUUGCACCAGUGAAAGUGUAUUUGUUGUGUGCAACCUGCUAUCCUCUGUUGUGUUGUUUGGUUGUACUUAUAUACCUCCCAGCCAGCGUCUGUCCGCAUACUCCAGUUACUGUGAUGCUGUUGAUGAAGUAUUAAUAACGGCUAAUGUGGAUAAUACAAUAUUGAUGGGGGAUUUCAACUUGCCCAACGUUGAGUGGUCUGACUUUGAUCCUACUAUAGCGCUUGAUGACUCUUCCCGUCUGGUCUCUGACUUGGCUCUCACGCAUGGAUUGACGCAGAUCAACGGCGUCCGUAAUUCCCGUGGCGUCUGUCUCGACCUCAUUUUCUCAUCCUUCCAAGAAUCCAUUGUUACUGCAGCUGAUGACAUCCUGCUGGCUGAAGACAGGCAUCAUCCAGCCCUCACAGUUAUGCUUCCCAUUAACAAGAAACCUCUGUUUCCUGAACCAAAAUAUGUUCUUAACUUUAGAAGAUGUAACCUUGAUGCAAUUUUUCACCAACUACAAGAUCUCACCAUUCCACAGGCAAGUGACCUGCAUAAUAUUAAUGAUGUUUUCAGCUCCUUCUGUGAGAACCUAAAGCUCCUAAUUGAAGCUAAUACUCCCCUUAAGAUGAUAAGGAAUUCCAACUUUCCUAAAUGGUUCUCAAGUGAUUUAAAACGACUGAUUAUAGAGAAGAAGAUGGCCCACAAAUCAUUUAAGGCGUCGGGAGACCACGUGGAUUUCGUCAACUUCACAAGACUUAGAACUAGAUGCAAGGAGAUGACUCGUGUGUGCUACGAUGCGUACAUAGCCAACAUUGAGGAGACGAUUCCAUCCAAUAUAAAGUCAUUCUGGUCGCAUAUUGAGAAUCUCAGUGCUGACUUUCCUGUUCCUGCAUUUGAUUUUGGAUUAAACGACACCGUCUCCCAUUGCUCAAUCUCGGCUACUGUUGUUGAAGAGAAGUUGAAUGCUCUUGACCACAAUAAGAGUGCAGGUCCGGAUAAUAUCCCUCCACUUGUACUAAAGUUCUGUGCCCCUGUACUUGCUCCUCACCUGGCUGUGCUUUUCAAUGCGUUAAUUAAAGAGGGCAUUUUCCCAUCAUUCUUAAAGCUUAGCUAUGUUGUGCCCAUUUUCAAAUCUGGCAGUAGGUGUAAUGCUAAAAACUAUAGACCUAUUGUGAUUCAACCUACGAUUGCUAAGGUUUUUGAAAGUAUUGUCCUGGAACAUUUAUAUUUUAACCUCAAGAAGUACAUUGCACCUGAGCAGCAUGGUUUUCUUGAUGGAAAAUCAACCAUCACUAAUCUCCUGUGUUUCCAAGAAUUUGUAAUGUCAGCCUUCGGUAGAUCUAGUCAGGUCGACUGCGUGUACUUGGACUUUUCUAAGGCUUUUGACAGAGUUCAACAUCGCCUUCUGGUAGCAAAACUGGCUGCCUAUGGUGUUGGUGGUUCGUUGCUCAGGUGGGUGGAGAGCUAUUUGAAGGAGAGAUAUCUCAUCGUUAAGUGUGAAGGAGCUACUUCUAAACCAUUCCCUGUAAUCUCUGGUGUCCCCCAAGGUUCUCACAUCGGACCCCUACUUUUUGAUCUGUUCAUCAACGAUAUUGGAACGGUCUUGACCACCAACUACCUCAUGUUUGCUGACGACAUAAAGAUUUUCUCGGAAAUCCACUCCGUGUCUGAUCAAGAAAACCUUCAGAGAUCCAUAGGUAAUGUCGUUGGGUGGUGCAAAAACAACUCCAUGGACUUAAAUGUAUCUAAGUGCCAGGUCAUGACUUUCAAGAGAGGACUGAACAUUCUCAAGUCGGAAUACUACAUCAAUGGGAGCACUCUUCCAUCUAUGGAUAAAGUAAAGGACCUUGGAAUAUUCUUGACACCUUCACUCAGCCCCUUUGACCACAUUGUCCACAUCACAUCAAGGGCGCAUGCACUUCUGGGGUUUGUCUUCAGGUCUACUAGGAACAUCCAAGAUCCUCGGUCACUUGUGUUGCUGUACAAGACCUUGGUCCGUCCUAUACUGGAGUAUGGCUCUGUGAUAUGGUCGCCUCAUCAGCUGGGUCACAUUGAUUUGCUGUCUCGAAUCCAAGCUCGCUUCAUUCGGAUGUUGGGUAUCCGGAUUGGUUAUGCUUAUACCGAUGUACCAAUUGAAGAACUUCAGAGGAUCUUUGGUAUCCAACCUCUUCACAUACGACGUAGACUGGCUGAUCUUGUGGUACUGUACAAGCUGGUUAAUGGUCUUCUGGACAGCCCCGACCUGCUCUUCAACAUUGACCUUAUUGUUCCGAGAGGUACUCGCUCCAGAGCAAUUUUCCAGCGCAGAUUCCAUCCCACAUCAUAUGCGUACAACAGCGGCUUGUCUCGGUUACUGCGUGAGGGCGCUGUGGCGGCUGCUCAUGUGGACUUCUUCAGCACUUCAGCUCCUGUUUUUAAAAGAUGUGCCAGUGCCUUUUUAACCUAG